AUGGACUCCAAAGCUAGCUUCAGAGCUACGGCCAGUGAAGAAAGAACGGCCACACAAAAACGACUACUCCGGCAACCUGAAAUGAAACGCUUAAAACUCGAGAAAGUAUCCCAGCUGAUACUUCCUGGCUUGGGGGCUUUGGGCCUGAGAAUCGCUGGCGCUGAAGACGCAGGGCACGGGACGAAUAUCGCGCGGAACAUGGGUCGCCCAUGGCUGGUGAUGCGAUAUUCCGCGGCCAUUCAACCGCUGAUCAAGCGCUACUGUCGAUAUGUUUUUCAAAUCAGGAUCUUCGCCAACGACAGAAGAGACCGAGUGUAUCCCGAGCCAACAACACGAGACACUCAAACCGCAGCUAAUGCU